GGUGCAGUCUUCAGCUGAGGCACAUCCCGAGCCUGCCUUCCAGAAGCCUCCGCUCUCUGCACCAUGAACCCAAGUGCUGUCCUCAUUUUCUGCCUCAUCCUGCUGAGUCUGAGCGGGACUCAAGGGGUCCCUCUCUCAAGAACGGUACGCUGCCUGUGCAUCAAAACUGAUGACGGUCCAGUAAAGCCGAGGGCCAUAGGAAAACUCGAAAUUAUUCCUGCAAGUCAAUCCUGUCCACGCGUUGAGAUCAUUGCCACAAUGAAAAAAAGUGGAGAGGAGAAAUGUCUAAAUCCAGAAUCUGAGGCCAUCAAGAGUUUACUGAAAGCAGUUAGCCAAAAAAGGUCCAAAAGAGCUCCUUAACUAGAGAGAAGCCACUCACCGCAGCGCUGUGACAAUGGGCCGCGGGGAGCCUGUCUCUCCAUCACUUCCCUCUACACAGUGUAUGGCUAGUCCUGUUUCUCCUGAGAGGUGUCCAAGCCGGUCACAUCAGCUGCUACUCCUGCUCAGGACGAUGGACCGUUCAUCAUCCUGAGACAAAAGUCAAGCCCAGGAACAAGAGUUCCCAACUCUACUAAGAGCUGGUUCUGAGCCUCGCUCAAACAGCCAUGGUGGCGCUCCUGGCUCUGUAUUGGAAGCUACGUUGAGGUACUGCCCUCACAGCUAUGUGCCAAACCUGGGCCUGCUUCUCACAUCCUCCUUGCCUUCCCUGGGUUAAGGCUUUUCCGUUCUGAGUUUACCUGAGUCCUUUUAUUUCCAUGUGGAAACAUAUGUGUAAAUAUUAUUUAAUGACUGACUGUACAAAGUAGAAUUCCUAGAUGUAUUUUUGUAUGAGUUUCAUUGCAUAUGGAAGAACUUAUAUAAUUAAGUCCAUAUCAGUGAGCAAUUAGAGUUUACAUAGACAAGCGUUUUGAAUGUUACAUAACACAAAUGGUGUUAGAUGGUUUUCAAAACAAAAUGUACUGUACUGAAAAUAUUAAGAGAAUAAAAGGUAAUAAAGUAAUAAUAACUAACACGAAA